GUUCGUGAGUAUUCGUGCUCUUGGGUCUUGGGAUUAUAAGAAACUGACAGGUGAAUUCGCCUCGCCGCAAUCCUUCAUCCCAGUAAUAUAUACGUAAAAAAGCCUCGUGACAGCUCGCCGCAAUGUCGCGCGAACCGUUCAGAUCGGACGGUCCUACAUAAUGACGGCGAGCGAUGCGAAUCGACGUGUCUGCGGAUCGAAAUAUGCAAGGUAGGCAAGUAUGAAACAGUAAAUAUGCCUCAUGGCUGGAGGCAGGAGCAACAGCAAGCGAAAUGGAAAUUUAGACAAAACGCAUCAGUGGCUAUGCCACAGUAGUUUUGAUUCUUCUAUAACAUUUCAAUCCUCUUCAAGUGAUGCAUUUAAAAAACGGAAAAGUGCGGAACAGCAUCGCACUAUUGGUAAAAAUAUCAACCAAUUACAAGAUAGUAUUCUAAGAAUAUUUACGGAUUCCUUGUAUUGUGAUCUUAAUAUAAUACAUGGUUACAAAGUAAUCCGUAUAAACCAGUGUAUUGUUAGAACAAGAUCACCACACUUGUAUGAAGUUCUCAAACCUUAUUUUAUUUACACUAACAAUACGAUCCAUUGCAUUCUUGAUAAAGCCGGACUUUUUCACCAAAUUGAAGGUUUUGUAAGGCUUCUAUAUAGUAAUUUGGAUUUUACUCAAGAAGAGCAAUUGUUGGUGGAAAUUAUUUUGAAUACAAAUUACAAGUGUCGCUCUUUAAAUGAUUCUGAUAGCAGUAUAUCUCACAUUGAUGACAGGAUAUGCGAGAAAUGUUUAACGUCGAGCUGUAACGCGCAACAUCUUCAGGAAGCGAAGGAGUAUGUCGUAGUGAAUGCGAGUCCUACUGCAUCAGAAAUGGCUGAUUCGGGUCUGGAGACAGGUUCGUUAAGUCCGCAUGACAAUACGACGUAUUCCGAGAACUCCAGUACGGACUUGGAAGUAACGCCAGCGGCUACGGAAUAUACUUCUGCCAAUGACGACGAUUCGGAUCGGAUACGCGCCGAGCGAGUACGCGACAAGGUCGGUCGCAAGACACUCUUGUUAUACGAGCAUCGGGAGUCGCUCAAUAAUGACGAUAUCUGCGGGAAGCAUGCGACGCAGUCCGAAUCGAAUAACCAUAGCACAACGUGCUCCUCCAUGGAAACGGAACAUCCACCCGCGGAUAGUACCUCGGACAACGCGCAGGAGAGGAAACUGAACGCCGAGGAGAUCUUCCAAUAUGAAAGCCAGAUGUUGAGCGAGCCAUUCUACGAGUCGGACUGCGGCAGCGAUGACAACGAGUCGUUCGAAUUCAUUGAGCCUGUCCCCUCGUCGAGCGGCGAUCACGAACAAUACUUUGCGAAAUGUAAAGUGGAACGGAAAGUACAAUCGGAUGCGGAAGAGUCGGAAAGUACGACUGUCGAAACGGAAUCUGAUCAUUCUCGCCCUAUCGAUAGCACGACGACGACGACAGGCCGUAACAGUUCGUCCACGAGCGGUUAUUACUUCAUCGAUGCAUCUACUCUGAAUGACGAGGUGGACAUUGUGUCUACGAAUGUGACGAAGAAUCAGUACGGUAACAAUAACGCGCCGUUCUUUGCGUUUUCCUCAAGUUACGUGGAUUACACGUCGUCGGACAAGUCGAAUAAUCCCAUAGAAGAACAGUCGUACAAGUUUACUCCGCUUAAGACGCUGACUUUACAGACCGGUCACGAACGAGUGGCGGAGUUCGAGCGAGAAUUGAAACUCACGGAGUACCUGCAACCGCUUCCGGAUUCGCGUAAAGUGAAACGAUCCACAUCGGAGGAAAAGACGGACGGUAAUAAGCCAACAGAGAAGGAGUCCCUGGCGGUAGAGAUUAAAGAGGCGGACAGCGGAGAGAGCGCGCAUCCUUCCCCGUGUCCCGACAAUAAUACGAGAUUGGGCAACGAUGAGAAAACGGAAACGUCGAGCAACGCCGAGGCGACAGGAAACGAAGACGUGAAGGACGCGAUCGCGAACGAGGACAGACGACCGUCGCUCAUCAGGAGAAACACCUUCGAACUUGACUCCAACGACGAGAAAUUGUCCGUUUUGAGACAAGAGUACGAGCGCCGACAGGGUAAUCUCAUCUUUCAAAGCGCCAUUCCGCAAUACUCGGGGCAUCGCGUGGACGAUGACUCUAUUUGCCUCGCACCUUCCGAUUCCGUGGUUUCUGUCGGGGUCACGGAACCAUCGAUCACCUUUACACCCGACGUUCAAAUGGCCGCUAAUACUCAGCACCCGGUUACGUAUCAUUUAUUGGACAGUUGUGAAUACAAUCAAAAAGAAACGCCGCAAAAGAAUCACUUACAAUCCAACUUCAAUAGAUCCUGCACAAUUUAUCCCGUAAUUAAAAGCGCCAGCGAUAAGUCUAUCUUAGAUUGCGCCACCGACUCGGAUGAUGCGGCGUCCAAUCAUUGCAGCAACAGUUUGCCGGUUACUCUGAACUCUAUUCUGGAAAAAGGUAAUCGGUUAGAGCCUUUAAAGAGAAUCAAACGAUGCGACGAGGCUACUCCGAUUAUUUCUGGUGGUGUUAGCACCUCGGACUACUCCUUCAAAUCUACGGACAGUCCCACGGUACGACGCAAAACGGAGUCCACGCCGAUUGUGUCAGGUGGCUCGGUGAUCAUGAACAAGCCUGAAGUCAAGGCGCGACCCUCCAGAAUGUCUUCCUCCAUGACCGCCUGGGUAGUCGAUAUGAGCGACUGCACCAAGCAGGAACCUGGAUCCCGAACCAACUCACGGAACAUGUCGCAAAGCUUCUCCACUUCCGAAGGUAUCAAGAAACCCGUGCAAACAAUCAAUUGUGAGAAACAGGGUAGUUUAGGAUUCUUCGUUAAUUUAAAAGACGUGAACGACGUCGAACCAACCAAACCACGUGAUCACUCGGUCGAAAGGAAGAGACGCGAUAGCAAACCUUACUGCGAAUUUUACGUAGAUAUCUCUGACAAGAAUAAUGACACUCCAUCCAAAGUCAAACCAUCAGAGAGGCGAGAUGGAAGUGUUAAGAGUGAUACUUUUAAAGAGGGUGAAAAGAAGAAUAUUUUCCCAAUGUUUAUCAAUCUGAAUGAUACGCAGGACGAGGGCGAUAGAAUCGUCACGGUUUCGACACAUAAGAAAAGCUUCUCGACGAUACCCACUAAAUUGAUGGAUACCAAGACUGACGACAAUAGUUCCAGAGAUAACAGUAGCGCCGCGGGAGAUAAUCAGCCGCAGGAAGAGAAGAAAGAGAAGACCAAACCCAGCGUCUUUAUGUUUAUAGAGUCCGAUUCUCCUGUGGUGAGAAGACGGACGCUGUCCACCUCGCGACCGGCGUUCAAACGGCACUCCUGGAACACAGACAAAACGCAGUCAGCGAACGGCAACGGCAACAGCAAUGGCAACAGUAAUGGUAAUGGUUGCGUGGCAAAGGAACUUAUGUUCAGGAAGGAGCACAAGCGGGCGCAUAGCAUUUCGAUGGACGGUCGCAGCAUCUCGAAGCGAUCAUCCCUGGCGAAGACGAGCUCGUCCAGCCAUUCGUUAAGUGACGCGGCCAAAGCGGAAUCUCGUAAUCAUAAGGAUCCCAAGACUCUGCAAGAUCGCGAGAGUAACUCCAACAACAUGGACACAUCAUCCGAGGACGUGUUCGAGUUUGAUGUGAGAGACACUCCACCCAACUCCCACGUGGAGAUCGAAAACGAGGAGCAAUUGCGCAGCAGCGUGAGCCAGCACUGCGAGUACAAAGAUAUAAUUUCCGGUCGGGCGGAAAACUUAGAGGUCGGCGAGACGAAGGGAUACGAGGACGAGUUCUCGGAGCCCUCCGCUUGGGAGAAAACGUGUACGGAGAGUACGGAAGGGCAAACUCGUAAGAGCGAGACCUUCGACAUCAGCAGCGGUAGCAGCGGACCAUCACCGGACAGCGACAACCACGAUUACGAAUUGAACGACCUGUUGAAUGGCGAGGUUUCCGGUGUCAACGACAGGCCGCAAAUAAUAACCGCGGGAAACAGCAGUAAGAUCUCGGAGACCCGCAAGUCGCUGAGUGAGACCAUCAAGAAGAUUGAGUGCGAAUUGAAGGAGCCGGAAUACGAUAACGUGAAACGACAAACGUACGAUUGUCGUUCGUCGAAGAGGGACGGGAAAGCGGCCGGACGUAGUUCGAAGAAUUUGCAUUCGGCUUCCGACAAGCCGACUUCUUCCGGCUUCGUACGUUUGUCAGAUUUGGACAGGACGCCGAUCGCUAAUCAUGAUGCGUCCGACAUGAAGGACGACAGAGACACGCAGUAUCGGAUGAGCAGCAGUAUUCCGGAAACAUCGUGGAUAGAGAGCAAGCUGGCGAUAACGAGGAGCAGCGGCCCGAUCAGGCCGGUCUCUAGGAAGCUUGCUUCUGUCAUGAGCACGUCGCUUCCGUCCAAGCAGAAAUCCCCGCUGGAGGAUUUCACUGCGGGGGAUUGCGAAGGGGAAGGAAUUAUUUCCGAAUCCGAUCUCAGCAGUAUGCAGAGCAGUAUGGGACGUUCCGGAGCGGAAGGCAGCACGGAGGAAACCGAAACAUCGAGCAUAGCUGGUGCAAAACCGUAUAAUAGACUGGGUGAAGAUCUACUAAGAAUGUUCUUGGAGGAAAUCAAUCCUGACAUUACGAUAGACGUGGCCGGCCGGCAUAUAAGGGCACAUAAAUGUAUAUUAAGUUCCCGUUGCCAAUACUUUGCCGCAAUUUUGAGCGGCGGAUGGAUCGAGAAUGCAGGCAAUGUUAUUUCUUUGCAAGGAUAUUCUUAUAAUGCAGUUCAUUUUGCAUUAUGUCAUAUCUAUAGUGGAGAAAGUAAUAUACCAGAUUCUAUAAGCAUUGUUGAAUUGGCGACGUUGGCAGAUAUGUUGUGUUUAGAAGGUCUUAAAGAAGUUAUAGGAUACACGCUUAAGCUUAAAUAUUGUCAUUUGUUUCAUAAACCUUGCCAAAUAUGUGCUGUUGGAGUAUUAGAAUGUAUGCCAUUAGCUGCAGCUUAUGGUCUGGAUGAAGUGUAUCGAAAGUCACUUAGAUGGAUUACGAAGCAUUUUGUACGAAUAUGGCCAUGCAAGGCAUUUGCGACUCUCCCGAGAGAACUAAUGGAAAAAUGUUAUCAUCAACAUAUAGUGCAUAUGUCUACUGACAACGUACUCCAAACUAUGAUGGAUUGCGACAAACUGUUGGCGACUCUGCCAAACGUGCGAUGGGCAGAGCCAGUAUUUCGAAUGGUGUCGAAUCUAUUGGAGACGUCGAUCAAAUUCCUGUCGGAGAAUUUUGCAGGCGUCCUGGGAAAUGACAAUUUUCAGUCGCUUGGUCGCGAGUUGACGUGGAACAUUAGUCGCUUGGAGGAUAAUUUUCUAGCGGCGAUCGAACAAUUACCGCCCGAGCAAGCGUGCAAAAGCUAUUCUAAAUUGAAUAAGAUGCUACUCGCAUCGCAGACAGACGAUCUUCAAGGUAGAAUCAAGUGGGGACCGCUGUUCAUCGAUUUUCUGCACAAGCUUCAAUCUCGCGUGGAGAAGUGUUUGGUGCGCGAUGCAACGCGUGCCGCGAGAACUUCCACCUGGCUAAAAAUGGAUUUGGAACUUCGCAGAAGGAUACAGGAGUUAGCCUGCCUCGUGAUCCUGCCUCACGAGACUACGAAACGCCUAUCCAGACAUUCAAAUUUCUUGAAGGAACCUCAGGUACCGCCUAAUCGUUCGACGAUAAAUCGCAGCUUAGAUCUGAAACGUGUAAAAAUGGCGAUUUCGGAACAUAAUGACAAAACUAAACAAAUACCAUCGUCUAAGCAAACGAAGAAAGUUUUGGGUAAGCCAAAAACGGAUCCGCUUGAGCGUAAGAUGCAAGAAGAUAAGCAAGUUGUUUCUGAAACCGUGAGACCGAAAUCAUGGCCUAACAAGGUAGAGGUAAAGUCGAGAUACUUGGAGCCAAGAAUUAAAUCUGUUCCGAAGGAGAGUACGCCCACGACGCAUCACGUUGAUAAGCUGGUACAACAACGGCGUAAGAUUAUGAUUUCUUCGUCUGACUCAUCGCGCACUUCCAGCCCGGCGAUGAAACGCGCGAUAGAUAAGAAGCCGCUGUCCAAAAUGAAGCUGCCAGUCAAAAAAGACGUAAAAGCUCUAUCGUCGGAUAGUUUGACAGAAGCAAACGCUUCCGGUGGCCGAAGUGUUGUUGGCAAGAGGGACUUAAUUAGUAAGAGCUGCGGUAUCACAAGACCCGAAUCGCCUUCCUUCAAACAGAAAGGCACCGAGAUAGGAUUAUCGAUCGAUUCUUUGGAGCCUAAGAGUAAGCCGGUUCCUAUCGCCAAAAAGAAGACCAACAAGAUGGAUACGUCAAUGUCCACUGACAGUCUCAUGACGGAAAUAACGGCGACCCCAAAGUCCAAUGUAUCUAACAAAUUGUCACCUACUUUGGCAAAAACUACAAGCAAAACGCAAACUUAUGAUAGGACGAAGAAAAGCUCACCACCAACACAACAAAGGAGUCCACUGACAGCCAUCAGAAAACCUCAGAGAUCACUGGAAGGUUCCACUGCUGCCAGUCGCAGCAGAGCCGCCGCUAUCAGCAAUACAUAUUACGGUUCACCAAAUUUGCGUAGAAACUUGUUGGAUGCUGCGAGGACGCCGGACGUCCCUGGCAAACCGGUGAACGCAGUAGCUCCCUUUAGAACGCGACAGAUCAUGCAACCAAAUACUCCUCCCAACACGAGAAGAGAGAGGAAAGACACGCAAAGCUCUGACAGCCCGAGCAAGAAAUCCUCUCCAAAGUCUAGUGCCGGUAGUAGGAUGAACAAAUCAAUGAUUACUGGUAAGAGAAUUACCAGCAGCAAAGUCGAUGACAAAGUUAAAAGGUGCCAUAACGGGGAAGCGCAAAAGCAACCCACGGUAGGUUCAAGAUCCGGUACAUUUCUUAAGGAUGAACCUACAAUACUUAAGAAAGUGGACAUUAAAUCGUCGCAAAUUAAUACUUAAUGCUAUUAUAAUGGCUGGAUACUCUUACUAAUAAAAUAUGCAUUGUCGACAGAACAUUUGUUUCUCUUAUGCUUGCAAAUUAUCAGCAUUAAGAAAAUAAUGUUAAGAAAAAGUUUAUUUAAUUGAUGAUCAUAACUAAAUUACAACUAAAAUAUCAAAAAUUCUUUAAAUUAUUACAUUACUACAUAGUUAUAUUUAUGCAUUCUAGUUUCAAAACUGAUUUAAUCCCUUUAUGUGAAAGAGUACCUGAAAUUAUUAUUACAUUUAAUAUUCCUGGUUAUCACCAAGGACAUUUCAUAAUUUAUGUUUUAAUGAGCAUUAUUUAUAACUCCAUUUGCUACAUAUCUAAUACAUUUAAUAUAUGUCGACAAUGCAUUAAGCAUACGUAUCUCAAAAAAAAUCCAGAUUGAUAGAGAACUGUCGCUGGUAACUGCAAACGUGAUAAUUCCAAUCGAGGAAUCGUAUUAUAUGUAAGAUAGAAAAAUGUAAUUUUAAUUUAAGGAGGCUUUGGGAUUAUCGUUAAAGGAAUACGCUCGAGUUGCAUUUAUUAGUCUAAUAGAAAACGUGCUAUAAUUAUAUCUUACGAUGACAUUCAAAUAAUUGAACAAUUUUCAAUUUU